AUGUCUCGACGUGAAUUAAAUAGUUUUCGAUGGGAUGGUACACAAUGGACAACCAUUAAUAUAUCGUCUCAUCUGGAGUUUGAAUCGAAAUCAUGGGCUACAAAUCAACAAAAUACAAUGCCAACAGUUAAUGGAAUUGUUCGUGUGGCAACAUUUAAUAUACUUGCAGAUUGCUUUCCAUGGUUCAUUGAAAUGGCAAUACGUAGUCCUGAAAGGUUCGAAUGGCUGUGUAGUGGAAUUACAAAUCUCAAUCCUACUAUUAUUGGUUUAAAUGAAGUCACUAAUACUGCACUACAACGUUUACAAAAGUGUCCAUUCAUUCGUGAAAACUAUUUUAUCACUGAGUCAUUUGAUGAAAUCAAGCACAAUGAUACUACUGAAUCCAAAGAUUACACUAAUGAUCUUCUUUCUAUUCAUGGAUGUGUCAUUUUGAGUAAAUUACCAUUGCUUGAAGUAUUCGCAAUUUCUGUCUCGGAAAGUAUUCGUGAAGCUAUCGUUGCAAAAGUUCAAAUUGGAAGUAAUUUAGAAAGCUGUGUCUAUUUUUGUGCUCAUCAUACUACAGCAUAUCAGACACCGAAACAUGCUCAAUUGCGAGCACAACAAAUACGUGACAUUGUUGAUUUAUUGCAACCUUAUGGUCUUCCAUUUGUCAUUAUGGGUGAUCUCAAUCUUCAUUACGAUUUUGAAGAUGUCGUAGUCAUCGACAAUAAACUCGUUGAUGCAUGGGCUCAAACACAUUUUUCUCAUAUUCAUCCAUUCAAUGAUGGAAAUCAAGGUUAUACAUUUGAUGCUGUAAAUAAUCAUCUUAUUCCUUAUUAUAUCCCUGGAGAAUGUCGACAGAUGCGGCUUGAUCGAAUUCUCUUUUCACAUGGAUUUCCUGCGUUUGCAAUAACACCUUGUACUCUGUGGGCAAAUGAACCUAUUAAAUCUGGUAAUUAUCUCUUUCCAAGCGAUCACUUUGGACUAUUUAUUGACAUAGUUACUGAUACAAUAAGUGAUAGAAAGGUUAUAUCACUGGGCGAAACUGAUCCAUCUGCUGAAGAGAUUCUAUUUCGUAAUGCCGAGAAUAACAAAGAUCAACGGGCAUAUCGUCCUGGAUUAUUAAGAACUACAGCAGCAUUGGUAUCUCAUAUAUUUUGGCUUGGAGCAGUUACUCUUGGUCUCAAAUAG